UUACAAUCAUCUGAUCUUCUUGAACAUAAUCUCUCUGAUCUCAUGUCUACUGCGCCUGGUGCACAAGGCUUCUCCUUCUGGGCAGUGAUCUCUGAAGCCAGACGGAUAAUCAGAGCCCACAACCGCCAUUUCUUUUCGCUUUCACUUCUCUUUCUCUUUCCCUUGUGUCUCUCCAGCGUUAUCUACCUAGCCCUCUACACCGCCCUUUCCCACCAUGAUGGCUUCUACCCCCAACAAUGGCUACUCCUCUUCCCCGCUGACCCGACUGGCAACCGAUCAGCCCAACCCAUCCUCCUCCCCUUCCUCAUCAACCUCUUUGCUCAGUUCUUCACCCUUUGCGCCUGGGGCACUAUCACCUAUAGUACUUUCAACGGGUUCUACGGUAGACCCUUGACACUUGCCUCUUCGGUCAAGUCCCUGCUGUACACUUUCUUGCCUCUACUUGCAACCCAAUUUGUCUUUCUAACAAUUGUGUUUUGCAUCGCUAUGGUUUUCGGGGUUUUGGGGGCGAUUCUGAUAACCGGGCUUCAAAGUUUAGGUGUUGUUGAAGUGAAUUACCACGGGUUGUCAAUUAGUUUUAAGGUUUUGGUAAUUAUUAUGUUGGUGCUGCUUCUUGUAUCCAUGGUUUUAUGGCUACAGGUGAAGUGGUGCCUAGCGUAUGUGAUUGUGGUGGAGGAAUCAAAAUGGGGGUAUGAAGCCUUGAGGAGAAGUGGGGAGUUAGUGAAGGGGAUGAGAGGAGUAGCAUUGUGUGUAUUGCUAUAUUUCGGUAUUCUGAGCUUGUCUAUGACUUACCUGAUGAUGAUGAUAAUGAUGGUGGGUGCGCCUAAUGGGCAUUGGAGCUGGACCCAUGUAUUUCAGGCAGUGUUGUAUAUAGUUUUUGAGGCUCAACUCAUGCUUCAUGCGUUUGCUGCAAACGUGGUUCUGUAUAUCUACUGCAAGGCCUUAGCAGAGGGGGAUUUGGAUUUUGGUAGCAACUAUAUGUGCUUACCUUUUCACCAUGCUCACAAGGUUUCUGAGGUUGUUUGAUUUGUUUUGUAGUCGUCUUCAUGUAUGCUUCCUUCCAACGUUUAAUUUAUGUAAGGGUAUUUGUAAGCUCUAUGAUCUAUGAAUGUGUCCUGUAAUCAUGAUAAUAUGGAAAAUAAUAUAUGUAUUCCUAACUUUUA